AUGAAACACUGUUGGCCCUUCCUGAAUCAACAACAGCACAGUUCAGAGUCGCAGAACCCCGAGGAGCCAGUCCGUCCAGCAGGCGACCGCAGCAGUGGUGGUGUAUCUGAGGAGAGCCGGCCACAGACGAGCAGCAGGAGUCUGGAGCCUCCGCCUGAUGUCCCCUACUCCGCAGCAGGACUGACCUACAUCGGGAACCAGAACUCAGACGCUGGAAACGUACACACAGGAGCCCUUCCCCCGUGGCUCCAACAGGACGAGGACCCUCUGGAAGGCGGCUCCGGAUCAGCCUCAGCGCCGCAGCAGGAGCAGGGGCCUUCUCUCCAGGGCUUCCUCAAACACAAGGAGCAGGAGAAACUGAAGAAGCUGCCUCCGAACCGAGUGGGCGCUAACUUCGACCACGGCUCGCACACGGACGCUAACUGGCUUCCCUCGUUUGGGCGAGUGUGGGAGACCGGCCGGCGCUGGCAGUCCAGAGGGCAGUUCCGGAGAGAGGAGGAGCAGAAGAAGAGGAGGAGCAGAAGAAGAGACAGACGAGGAGGAGGAGGAGCAGAAGAGCAGGAUGGAGGACAACACUGA